AUGAGUGAAUAUUGGGUGAUCAGUGCCCCUGGCGACAAAACCUGCCAACAAACAUGGGAUACCCUGAACAAUGCCACCAAAUCUGGCAACCUUAGUGCCAACUAUAAAUUCCCAAUUCCUGACCUAAAGGUUGGAACUUUGGAUCAGUUGGUGGGGUUGUCCGAUGACCUUGGAAAGCUGGACACCUUUGUUGAAAGUGUGACCAGGAAGGUCGCACAAUACCUUGGUGAGGUACUUGAAGAUCAACGCGACAAACUUCAUGAAAACCUCAUGGCAAAUAAUAGUGACCUGCCCACUUAUUUGACACGUUUCCAAUGGGACAUGGCCAAGUACCCAAUCAAACAGAGCCUUCGUAACAUCGCUGAUAUUAUAAGUAAACAGGUGGGUCAAAUCGAUGCCGACUUAAAGGUCAAGUCUUCUGCCUACAAUGCUCUAAAGGGGAACCUACAGAACUUAGAGAAAAAACAAACUGGCAGCUUGUUGACGCGUAAUCUGGCUGAUCUAGUGAAAAAGGAGCACUUCAUCUUGGACAGUGAAUAUUUGACUACUCUUCUUGUCAUUGUGCCUAAGUCGUUGUUCAACGACUGGAUCGCGAACUACGAAAAGAUAACUAACAUGAUAGUGCCGCGUUCCACGCAGCUCAUACAUCAAGAUAACGAUUAUGGCCUCUACACUGUUACACUCUUCAAGAAGGUAGUGGAAGAAUUCAAGCUUCACGCCCGCGAGCGUAAGUUCGUGGUUCGCGAGUUCUCGUACAACGAGCAGGAUCUCGCUGCCGGAAAGAAUGAGAUCACCAAACUGGUGACUGACAAGAAGAAGCAGUUCGGUCCUCUCGUCCGUUGGCUGAAAGUGAACUUCUCAGAAUGCUUCUGUGCCUGGAUACACGUUAAGGCAUUGCGUGUCUUCGUCGAGUCCGUCCUAAGAUACGGCCUCCCUGUAAACUUCCAAGCGGUAGUGAUGGUGCCUUCUCGUAAGAGCAUGAAGAAACUCCGUGACGUGCUACAGCAGCUGUACGCUCAUCUCGACCACUCUGCCCAUCACCACUCUGGGGCGCAACAGGAGAGUGCUGAGUUAGCAGGUCUUGGAUUUGGUCAGUCUGACUACUUCCCAUACGUGUUCUACAAAGUCAACGUUGAUAUGAUUGAAAAGACCGCUUAG